UUUCCAGAUAGGGAUAGCCAGUGCCGCGGGGCAACCUUAUCUUCACUGGCCAGCUGCGAUAACGCAACCCCGUAGAUAUCGUGGAUCGACCGUUGCGAUUGACGAGAACCCGAAAAUCGUAUACAAAGGUGUGUGUCGAGAUGGCGGUGCUCAAACGAUUGAGUUGAUGCGCGUGCGUCUUUCAAGAGUUAAUUCAAGUCGUGACAACUUAACCUCAAAAAGGUAUCAAUUAAACAGCAAGUGCUGAGGAACAGCGAUUGACGUCUCUGAUCGUCAUACAGAGCACACACAAUUGAAAACGGCAGAUAGUUGAUCGUCAGUGGGUUUCUUUUGUCAUCUCCCCACCAGACUAUUAUAGAUCUCUAUGUGUACGCAAAUGGCGUCGACAAGCACUGACGACGUCUCUGUGGUGGAGGAGAAAUUCAACGAAUUAUCGGUAAGUGCCACGACGGAAAAUGAAGAGAACAAUCGGCAGAACGUCCUCGAAUCACACCUGUCAGGUUUCGAUACUCGUGAACUCUACAAAAUCGCUAUCAAUUUUUACAAAGAAAAAGAAGGAAAGGCUGUGCACUUAUCAUACGAAGAUAAAUUAAAAUUAGUAGCUUUUACUCAACAAGUAUCUCAUGGCAAAUUUAGUCCAGAGAAGUCACCAGAAUUAGGAGUUUUAGAUGUUAUUGGUAAAGACCGCAAACAAGCAUGGCAAAACUUGGGAAAUUUGACCAAGGAGGAGGCUAUGGAAGGCUUCAUAGUUCUGCUUGAUAAGCUUUGUCCACUGUUCAAAACUUUUGUGGAGGCACAAAAACGUGAUGUAGAAGAAAAAGCUAGAUUAAAAAAAGAAGAAGAAUUGAAAAAAAUAGAAGAGGAGAAAAAGCAGAAAGAGUUGGAAGAGCUGCAGAAGAAAGAAGAAGAGGAACGUUUGAAGGAAGAAAAUCAAAGAAGGCAAAUACAGGAUGCACUGAAUCAGCAAACAUAUUAUCAAUUUAAAUCGUACGCUGAGCAACAGUAUCCUGGAAACCCAGAGCAGCAGGGUGUACUUAUCAGGCAGCUGCAGGAACAGCAUUAUCAUCAGUAUAUGCAACAAUUACAUAGAAAUCAAUCAGUGAUAGAAGAAAAAGAAAUUGAUAAGAAAGAUAGUAAUAUGGACAAUUCGAAAGAGCCAGAAGAAGAUCCUCUACUUUUGGAUGAUGCCCAAGCAACAAUUGAUGAAGACUCUGAUGAACCACAGGAUUGGCCACCGAUUGUUCCUGCAGAAAUGUGGACAAGAAGAGACAUAGAUGAAUUUAAAAAUACCAUUCGUAGAGAAGCAGGUGAUGCAGUGAUCAAAAUUGGUCAUGGCGAAACAGUUACCGUUAGAGUACCAACACAUGAAGAUGGAUCAUGUCUAUUUUGGGAAUUUGCCACAGAUGGAUAUGAUAUUGGUUUUGGUGUUUAUUUUGAAUGGAGUAAGCCAGAAACCACUCAGGUAUCAGUUCACAUCAGUGAGUCAGAAGAUGAAGAUGAAGAUGAGGAGGAUUAUGAAACUAGAGAAGAUUUGGAAAGUGGAGAUAUUAAUGGAGAGUCGAAACCAGAGUUCAAACCAAGUAUGACUCCUAUUAGUGUUAUAGUGCCUGUAUAUAGGAGAGAUUCUCAAGAAGAAGUAUAUGCAGGAAGUCAUCAAUAUCCUGGACAGGGUAUUUAUUUAUUGAAGUUUGACAAUUCUUACUCAUUAUGGAGGAGUAAAACUCUUUAUUACCGAGUAUAUUACACAAAGUCUUCUGAUGCCCCAGAAGAAUAAUUACAGGCACUUUGAGUAUAACCUGAAGUCAUUUACCUCGUUAUGUUUAAUGUGUAAUUGUUAAGCACUAGCCACAAAUGCAAUCGUUUAUACCGCUAUGCUAGUCUAACAAAAUGAGAACACUUGGACUAUUUUCACGAAAAAGAAUCGCAUUGCCCUUGGAUAAGAAAGACAAAAGAUUUAUAUAUUUAGUACGUAGUUGGUUAAAGACACGUUUUCUUUUUCAUUGUAAAUGCGAAUAGAUUUUGAUGUUUUCUCUUAAACGUCAAGUGUAAAUAUAAAAUUAUGAAUUGACCGAUUAAAUUGGUAAAGUGAUAAUGCUACAAAUUUAGACGAAUAAAUGGAUAUUUUAUUUAUUGUUAUUUACGUACAUUUCACAUGCAUAUAUUGUUUCGAUAGUUUUAUAUAAAAUUGAUGAGAAUGAAGUAAUCGAUGUUGCCAAAAAAAAAAAAGAAAAGUAAACGUGCUUAAUUCUUUUGUAGAUUUCUUUUAUUUAUGUUACUUUGUCUACCUUUCAAAGUCAUUGGGGCCAAUUUUCAUUUGAAAUUUACACGAAAUCCAUUUUUUAACGUCUAUAUUGAGCACAGUGAUAUAUUACACAAAAGCCAAUAUAUAUUUAUAUGUUGAUUAAAAUCAAAAUCUAUAAUAAUUAGAAUAAACGUUUGAUAGCAUAUAUGUUUAAUAAUUUUAACUGCACAUUUUGCACAAUAUUGUGCGUAAAUGUUAUAUUUAUUAAAUUUAUGUUUUUAAAGGUAUUCAUUAUUUUUUAGCUUGUGGCUGGCAUUUAAAGUGUCAAACCGGAAUUUUAUUACUUUUUUAUAAACAUCUCCAAAAUAUUUUUCUACAAGCAUAAUAUAAAUUUAGAUAAAAAUUAAUGCACAUGGUGCAACGAAUAAAACAACGCUUAUUUGGCGCUAACUAUAAUUUUAUUUUGUAAUAUUGUUACACUUUAUAUUAAUUGUCGUUUUUAUGAAUUAUAACUAUGUCAAAAAAAAUGAGUAUUGUAUGUUUGCAAAAAAUAUAACAGUAAAAUGAA